CAUACGUCCGAGCGCUGGAAUUCGGCUCGACCCGCGCCGCACCCACCACCCACUUUAUUUUUAACCAGCACCGCGGGGCCUCGGAUGGUGCACGCACCGCCGGCCAGAAACAUCUUCCCAGCGCUGCUCUCCAUCUUCCGCCCUCGCUCCCCCGACAUCCUCCCCCCCAUGUGGGAGGGGAAACUUUUCUCCUACAUACUUUCGAGUCCCUCCCGGGCCGAGCUGCGCGGAGAUGACGGCGCCCGCCCGCUGCCGCAAGGUUGUUCCCACUCUGCUCCAGAGGUGGUGGCUUUGAGGUGUGACCCUGCCCACAUUUGGGCCCAGCCAGCACCAGCUCCUCAGUAAGGAGGGCCAGCUUGAUAAGACAGAGAAAACAGUGUCAACGAGUGAUACCGGGAGAAGAAAAAAAACGUGAAACACAGACUCAUUUCCUACUCCACGUGGAUGAUAGCUAUAGCAAGGGAAAAUCUCAUAGUUUAUCAGUUGGGGCAGAAAUGGAGUUUUAUGGCAGAGGCUUCUUAGAAGCUUAAACCCUUGUCCCAAUGACGUCAAGUUCGCCCAUUGGCUUGGAAGGUUCAGACUUGUCUUCCAUCAACACCAUGAUGUCAGCAGUAAUGAGUGUAAAAAUCAAGUCCCCCACGAAGCCUCCAGGACCAAACCGGAUUGGCCGAAGGAACCAGGAAAUGAAAGAAGAGAAGUCUUCCUACAACUGCCCCCUGUGUGAAAAGAUUUGCACUACACAGCACCAGUUAACUAUGCACAUUCGUCAGCACAACACGGACACCGGAGGGGCAGACCAUUCAUGCAGCAUCUGCGGGAAGUCUCUGAGCUCGGCCAGCUCCCUGGACCGCCACAUGCUGGUGCACUCUGGCGAGAGGCCUUACAAGUGCACUGUUUGUGGCCAGUCUUUUACCACCAAUGGGAACAUGCACAGACAUAUGAAGAUUCACGAGAAGGACCCGAACAGUGCUACUGCUGCAGCCCCGCCAUCCCCACUGAAGCGCAGGCGGCUGUCCUCCAAAAGGAAACUGAGUCAUGAUGCCGAGUCGGAGAAGGAAGACCCAGCGCCUGCUAAAAAGAUGGUGGAAGACGGGCAGUCAGGUGACUUGGAGAAGAAGGCAGAUGAAGUGUUCCACUGCCCAGUGUGUUUCAAGGAAUUCGUGUGCAAGUACGGACUGGAGAGCCACAUGGAGACCCACUCAGACAACCCACUGAGAUGUGACAUUUGCUGUGUCACCUUUCGGACACAUCGAGGAUUGCUACGCCACAAUGCGCUUGUCCACAAACAGCUUCCCAGAGAUGCAACGGGAAGGCCUUUCAUCCAGAACAACCCUUCCAUUCGUGCUUGCUUCCAUGACUUGGGAUUCACCGACUUCUCCUGUAGGAAGUUUCCUAGGAUUUCUCAGGCCUGGUGUGAAACAAACCUGCGAAGGUGCAUCAGCGAGCAACACCGUUUUGUCUGUGAUAUCUGCGACAAGGCAUUCCCCAUGCUCUCCUCGCUCGCCCUGCACAAGCAGACCCAUGUCGCUGUGGACCAGGGACGGGAAAGGUUGCAAGCCAAGACCCUACCUGGUGACGCCAUGGACCAGAAGGUCUUCCUGGCCUUGCUGGGCCUGCAGCACACCAAAGACGUCAGGCCUGUCCCAGCCGAGGAGCCCCCGCCGGAUGACAACCAAGCAAUACAGUUCCAGGCACUCAAGUGUCAGCUACCUCAGGAACCCGGCUGCACCAACAUGCUGAGGCUGUCUCCUUUCGAAGCUUCUUCCCUGGGCGGUUCUCUCACAGUCCUCCCAGCCACCAAGGAGAGCAUGAAGCACCUGUCCCUGCAGCCUUUCCAAAAGGGCUUCAUCAUCCAGCCUGAUAGUAGUAUUGUGGUCAAGCCCAUCUCCGGGGAGUCCGCCAUUGAGCUGGCUGACAUCCAGCAGAUCCUCAAGAUGGCAGCCUCAGCACCCCCGCAGAUCAGUCUUCCGCCUCUUUCCAAGGCCCCUGUCACCCCUCUGCAGGCGAUUUUCAAACACAUGCCCCCUCUGAAGCCAAAGCCUCUGGUCACACCGCGGACAGUGGUGGCCACCUCAACACCCCCUCCUCUCCUCAAUGCCCAGCAGGCCUCCCCUGGCUGCAUCAGUCCCAGCCUGCCCCCGCCAGCCCUGAAGCUCCUCAAAGGCUCUGUGGAGGUGGCCUCCAACACAAACCUGCUGCAGUCCAAGUCCGGGGCCCAGCCACACACGGCCAUGCAGCUCUUCCUGCAACAGCCACGGGUAGAGCUACCAGGUCAGGCCGAGAUGAAGACGCAAUUGGAGCAGGACAGCAUCAUCGAGGCCCUGCUGCCCCUGAGCAUGGAAGCCAAGAUCAAGCAGGAGAUAACAGAGGGAGACCUCAAGGCCAUCAUGACGGGCCCCAGCAGCAAGAAAUCUCCAGCCAUGCGUAAGGUGCUCUAUCCCUGUCGCUUCUGCAACCAGGUGUUCGCCUUCUCCGGAGUGUUGCGUGCUCACGUACGCUCCCACCUGGGCAUCUCUCCAUACCAGUGCAACAUCUGCGACUACAUCGCGGCCGACAAGGCUGCACUCAUCCGCCACCUGCGCACACACAGUGGCGAGCGGCCCUAUAUCUGCAAGAUCUGCCACUACCCCUUCACCGUCAAGGCCAACUGCGAGCGGCACCUGCGCAAGAAGCAUCUCAAGGCCACCCGCAAGGACAUCGAGAAGAACAUCGAGUAUGUGACCAGCAGCGCGGCAGAGAUGGUGGACGCCUUCUGCUCCCCAGACACAGUGUGCCGGCUGUGCGGUGAAGACCUGAAGCACUACCGCGCUCUGCGCAUCCACAUGCGCACACACUGUGGCCGCGGCUUGGGCGGCUGCCCUAAGAGCCACAAGCCCUUUGAGUGCAAGGAGUGCAGUGCCACCUUCUCAGCCAAGCGCAACUGCGUCCACCACAUCCUUAAGCAGCACCUACAUGUGCCAGAGCACGAUAUCGAGAGCUACAUCCUGGCGGCAGAUGGCUUGGGCCCCAAGGAGGCCCCUGCAGCUGAGGCCUCAGGGAGGGUGGAGGAGGGCAGCGGAACCUUUGGUGAGCGCAAACCCCUUGCUACCUUUCUGGAGGCCCAGAAUGGCUAUCUUCAUGCUGGCCCCACCCAGCCUCCGCCUCCCAUCUCUGUCAAGUUGGAGCCGGCCAGCAACUUCUCAGUGGACUUCAACGAGCCUCUGGACUUCUCCCAGAAGGGCCUGGCUCUGGUCCACGUGAAGCAGGAAAACGCAGCCUUGUUCCUGAGCCCCUCUUCCUCGGCCCCCUAUGACUGCUCCAUGGAGCCCAUUGACCUGUCCAUCCCCAAGAACUUUAGGAGAGGAGAAAAGGAUUCAGCUGCUCCCAGUGAAGCCAAGAUGCCUGAGCAGGAACCAGGGAGCAGGGAGCAACUCUCUCCCUGUCCACCACCGUGCCCUACUCUGCCAGUGCCCUUGGGAUCCAGUGGGAUCUUGGAGAAACCCUUGGCCCUUUCGGCAGCAGCCUCCACAGCCACUACUCUGGAAGCCCCUGCUCAGCCCCUGCAGGGCUCCGUUCAGGUCGCUGUCCCCAUUUACUCUUCAGCCCUCAUCAACAGCUCCCCUCUCUUGGGCAGCUCCACCCUGAUAAGCAGCCCAGCCUUGUUGAGGCCUCUACGCCCCAAGCCCCCCCUGCUCUUGCCAAAGCCCCCUAUGACAGAAGAGCUGCCCCCACUGGCCUCCAUUGCCCAGAUCAUCUCAUCCGUGUCCUCAGCCCCCACCUUGCUCAAAGGCAAGGUGUCUGACCCAGGGCCCACAGGCACCAGCAGUAACACCACAGCUUCAGACAGCUUAGGAGGCACCACUGCCCCCACUGAAACCACCAGCCCCAAAGAAUCCAGCGACCCACCCCCUGCUGCCAACAGUCCAGAGGCGGCUUCACCCACUGGGCAGGGGCCAGCUGGCUUGUCAAAGAAGAGGGGCCGGAAAAAGGGGUUGAGGAGCCGGCCCCGGGCCAGCAGCGGUGGGAUAGAUCUGGACUCUAGUGGGGAAUUUGCCAGCAUUGAGAAGAUGCUGGCUACCACAGACACCAACAAGUUCAGUCCAUUUCUGCAGACCGCAGAGGACGAUGCUCAGGACGAGUUGGCCGGUGCCCCCGCUGACCACAAUGGGCCCAGUGAUGAAGAGCAGGGCAGCCCCCCAGAAGACAAGCUGCUGAGGACAAAGCGGAACUCUUAUGCCAACUGCCUGCAGAAGAUCAACUGUCCCCACUGCCCUCGCGUCUUCCCUUGGGCCAGCUCCCUCCAGAGGCACAUGCUCACACACACUGGUCAGAAACCCUUCCCUUGUCAAAAAUGCGAUGCCUUCUUUUCUACCAAAUCUAACUGUGAACGCCACCAGUUGCGCAAACAUGGAGUUACCAACUGUUCCCUGAGAAGAAACGGGCUUAUUCCCCAGGCAAAAGAGAGUGAUGGUGGACCCCAUGAUAGCACAGACAGCCAGUCAGACGUGGAGACAUCAGCCGCAGGAGGCGAAGUGCUGGACCUCACCUCUCGGGAGAAAGAGCGGCCGCGGUCAGAGGGGGGCCCUGAGCCCAGUCAGGUCAGAGGAGAGGUCCCUGGAGAGGAGCUGACUCGGGGAGCCGCUGAGCCCACGGAGGGGGAGGAGCAGGCCUCCGAGGAGAGCCCGGAGCCCGAGAAGCGUGGUGUGGAGGAGCGGGAGGAGGAUGAGGAAGAUGGCCCCGAGGAAGACACGGUCAGCAACAAGAGCCUGGACCUCAACCUGGCCAGCAAGCUGAUGGGCUUCAAGCUGGCCGAGGGCGACGCCGGGGCCGUGGGCGGCGAGGGCUCCCCGCAGGACCAGAAGCACACCUGCGACAUCUGUGGCAAGAGCUUCAAGUUCCUGGGAACCCUGAGCCGCCACAGGAAGGCCCAUGGCCGCGAGGUGCCCCGGGAGGAAAGCCCGCUCCCUCCGGAGGGCCAGGGCGAGAGCGGGGCUGCUGGGCCGGUGCCUCUGCCCGCGGCCCCCACGCUGGAGCCGGAGGAGAAGCCCGAGCCCCCGGCCGAGGGGGAGGCCGGGUCAGAGGGCCGGGCAGAGAAGCCGGGCGAGGAGGCCGAGGGCACCUCCGACGGGGAGGGCGCGGCCGAGAAGAAGUCCUCAGAGAGGAGCGACGACGACAAGAAGCCGAAGACAGACGCCUCCAGAAGUGUGACCAGCAAGGCGGACAAGAGGAAGAAGGUCUGCACUGUGUGCAACAAGAGGUUCUGGUCUCUGCAGGACCUGACCCGGCACAUGAGGUCCCACACGGGAGAAAGGCCGUACAAAUGUCAGACCUGUGAGCGAACCUUCACCUUGAAACACAGCCUGGUUCGCCACCAGCGUGUCCACCAGAAGGCCAGGCACGCCAAACACCAUGGGAAGGACAGUGACAAGGACGAGCGGGGUGAGGAGGACAGCGAGAGCGAGUCCACCCACAGUGGCAACAACCCCGUCUCGGAGAACGAGGCGGACGCGGCUGUGCUGGCCAGCAACCACGUGGCCGUCACCCGGAGCCGGAAGGAGAGCCAGGCCAAGGAUGCCGGCCGCAGGGAGGACAGGGCCCCGGGCCGGACAGCUGGCGCCGGGCAGGCUGAGGCCGGCAGGAGUGCUCCCAAGGCCGCUCCCCCGGGCAGCCCCGCGGAGCAGGCGCCUCAGGGUGAUCCUGACCCAGAGAGCCCGGUGGCCCUUGUGCAAGACCUGCUGGAGCUGAACGGCAAGAGGCCCGCCCACCCCAUCCUGGCCGCCGAGGCUGCCUCGCCGCUGCUGGGAGUGGAAUGACGGCUCCUCCUGCCCCCAGCACACCGGCAAGGCCCGCAGAACCGUGUCCUGAGUCUGUUUCAUGAGGUUUCCUCAGUGCCUGUCAGCUGUUGGAGAGGGAGACGAGGAAGGGCCGUCUCUCGGUGCCAUGGCCUUAACCGCGCGCCCGUGCGGGAGAGCAGCACGGACGAUUCGAGUGCCUUAACUACUUACCAGUCCUUCAGUGUCGUCCUGGGUGUUGUGUUGUCCCAAAAUGACUUUAAAAACAAAGCAAAUAUUUUAAUGAAUUAUUGGAGAGGACCUUUUCAUUUAAGCAUUAACAUUACUUCUGUGUUGGUGUGUGUGAGCUUGUUCUUGUUAAUCUGAUGGUAGCAUUUGUUCUGUGAGCUGGAAACAGAAGAAAAACAUGCCCUUGGAUACCCAUAGCCAAUAACUGGAAGAAAAUGAUGUGAAUUUUCAUGUAAAUUACCAGAGGAAAUAUGGAUGAGAUGCUCAUUUCUCAUAUAGACCUUUAUCUUUCUUUUUUUUUUUUUUGUCUGCUAUAUGGUGGAGCUGUAAUUUGGUCCUCGAUAUUGAGGAUGUGGUGGAUGGAGGUUUCCAGUUUGGUUCAAGCCAAAACCAGGACAGAGUCUAGCUUCGAACCUCAUACAUGUUUUGGUCUUUCAGCAUUAGACAUGCUAGUUCCUGUUCAAGUUCCAAGACAUUUGUUCUUAACUUAGAGAGAAGAGUUACCAUGGCAACUUAAUCUAUGGAGAACAUACACAGGUGUCAUGUAUCUGAUUUUCCCCUUUCGGUAUAUAUAUUAUUAAUAUUAUUAUUAUUAUUAUUUUUAGUUCAUCAGUUUGCUGGUCUCUGCAAUAAGCAGAAACAAAUGGGCAAUAUUUGUCCUGGAGACCUGGGUGCCCCAGGUCCUCGUGUAAGCGUCUGCCUGCAGCUUUCCUUGCCACCCUCGGGUGGGAGCUGUUCUACUGUACUCAGACAAGCCUUUCUUCCGGACUGCAGCGCCCGCAGGUCCUCCGCACACGGCCGAGGAGCAGCUCGGGGGAGAGGGUGCGUGCCCCCGGCUCCUGAGAAAGCAGGGGGUACGGACCCACUCACCGGUCUGCCACCCCCAGCCAGGCCUCCCCUCGUGUGCUACUGUCAUUUGCAAGGCGAGGAAAUACUACUGGUAAUAAAACUGCACGUGCAAGAUUGAAGAUGAGAAAUUGAUUUAUAUUGACCUUCCUGCGAUUUGGGAUUGGUGCUUGAAGAUAGACUUGUUUCCAGUUUCUGAAAUAAACUGAACCCCUGGGUGCAAAAAGGCAGGAUUCUUUUUUUUUUUUUUUUUUUUUUUUUUUUGUGAGCAUCCAAAGCAGGCAAUACACUUCCUACUGUAGCUGAGCCCGUGCUCCGUGCUCAGCAUCCUGACCUCCACUGGGACCCCGAGGACACCCGAGGCCUAGCGCUGGGCCUCCUGCGCUGCCCCACCCCUCACAUCCUCGUGCCUUAGCCCAGGGAGCCCCUGCCCUGCCGCCCUCCCAGGCCCCUCCACACUCAGUGUAAGUGUGCAGGCAGGCACACAGACCCCUUCCUCACCGGUUUCUGGCGGCCAAAAUCCAACCAUCCAGACUUCAAAGGAAGCUAUGUGUUCUUGAAAUAACGAAAGUGGUAUCUUUGCAUGUGAAAGGAAAAAAGUUGAGGUAUAUAUAAUUCUUAACUGUAUUAGGGAUGUAUGAACCAGUUUCAGAACAAGGUUUCAUUUGCUCUAGGUGAAGAGCCAAUGGUCCCAUUUCCCUGCGCACCUGGUGGGGCCUGCUUAAACCAGUUCAUGCAUCCCUUCAUUCUUUAUGACGAUUGUUGUUAUUUUCAUUGUUGUUAUUAUUUGGGGUUUCUAGUGUUUUCUUUUCCUUUGCGACUCUCCACACUAAAACUCCCAGCAUGUGGAGAGGCCGUGACACAAGUACGCUGCAGCAAGAGGCCGCAGAGCGCAGAGCGAGGUGCCACGCUGUGCAGCUCGCAGGAAUCACGAUCGAUUUAAAGCUUUAUUUAGCCGCCUCUGCGCCCUGUAGUCAGUAUGGUCUUGCCACGUUUUAUUAGGUUGAGAAAUGGAUUGUUUGUUGUUCUGCCCCUCCCCCAAUAUUAAACUGUGAAAUUUGUGAUUUGUUUAAACUCUGGGUGAAUCAUAGCUUAGUUUGCAUGUCCAGCUAAUUUGUUUCUAUUCAUUUUGUUUGAUUCUCUUUCUCCUCUCAGGGCUUUUACAAAAAAAUAUAUAUAUAUGGAUCUUCUGAAAAGUUUUUUGAGGUGCAAGUUUUUCUCGUUUUUCUCUUUGAUUUGUGGACGCAAUGCUGAGAUUCAAUCACUACAUGAAACUCUGGCUGUGAAAAACAACAAAACCCCGGAGGGCUGCUUUCCCAGCGGCCGGGGAGCUCUGUGGCAGUCGGAUGAUUCGUCGUACCUUCAACCCUCUGUUCGCCCCUUUUCUCCUCUCUUUUCUUCAGGAAGGAAGUGAUCCUGGUGAUUUCAGCCCAUGCAUUACACAGGAAACAAUAAUAAAUGUAGAGUUCAUAUUUUUCUAAAGGGAACUUAAAAACUGCUGCUACAUGUUACGUGCAAAACUGGUUUAUGCCACAUGAACAGAAUCACAAGAUUAGUUUUGGUACUUUUGUUCCUCUUUGUAUUCAGUUGUAUAAUACUUCCAAAUUCAAAAUGAGAAGAAACGCUGUUCUGUAUCAAACCAUCUAAGCAAUAAAUGUCAUAUUUUAAAAACGACAGAUUGCUUGCCA